AUGUUACGCACCAUCUCCAGAAAGACUUUCUCCCAAUCCACAAACGCCAUCUUCAAACCUUCCACAACUCUUUUCUCCAGAAAUAUGGCCGAUAGUCGUGUUGAAGCAGCUUCCCAAGUUGCGGGUGAAAAGAAAGAUACUAGUCCAUCCAACCCCUCAGUCAUUUCAUCUGCAGGUGCUGUUGGCAAGCAAUUCAACCCCGAUGGAAAUAUUGGACAAAUUGGUGAGAAGAUUGGUGGUCCAUUCUCAAAGGAUGGUGCUAUCGGUUCUCAAUUCGAUGCCGCGAAAGAUGGUCUCGCUGGACAGGUUGAGAAGGCUGUUGAUGGGCCAAGUAGACCUGCUACGGAGAAGAAGUAA